UCCCUCCCCCAGCCGCUUCUUGGCUGCUUCAGCUCGGCCGUCGAACCGGACUCGCAUUCACCAGCCCCAAUAGCUGCUCCCGGGCGCGUCUGUGUCGCAUAAAGACUCCCUGCCUCCCAUCUUCUGUAUCCCCAUCGAACUCGCAACCUUUCUUCCUCCACCUGCACCACCUACACCACCCAUACACCCAUACCACCCAUACCCUACGAAUCCCAUACUCGACACCAUGGUUCGUACAUCGUCGCUUUUCGCAUGCGUCCUGCUGCUUCUCUCGCCGGCCGUCCUCGCCGACGCCGACAGAAGUGGCAACGAAGUCGCGCGCGGCUUGGAUACGCUUCGCAACGUCAUCCGCGGCUUCCGUGACUAUGAGGGUGUGUUUCCUGCGGACAUCUACCACAAACACGCCGCUGAUGCCCCCCGGUUAGUCGGAUUGGUGAAGCGUCAGGACAACAGCAGUUCAACGGACACGCCUACCGUUAGUGUUACUCCGUCCACUACUCCCAUUGCGGACCCUCCAACGACGUCGACUACGUCGACUACGUCCACCACGUCCACCACGUCUACUUCGUCCACAUCUGGUGAGCCUACAUCUGAAACUACCCCCACAGAAACUUCUACCACCACAACAUCUUCCACACCCACAACAUCUUCUACACCCACAACUACAUCGACGACCGAGCAGCCCCCUACUACGAGUGGUGAGCCAAGCUCUACCCCAAGUUCCGCUGCGCCCGUAACUCCAACCACCACCACCACUCCAAAUGUAGUGCCGAGCCCUACCUCGAAUGAGCAGUCCAGCUCUUCGAGUGACGAGCCGAGCACUACUACCCCUAGUGAUGAACCAAGCCCUUCAUCGAGCGGUGAGCCAAGCUCUACCCCGAGCACUCCCGCACCCCAACCUACACCUACCCCAACGAGCCAGGAGGCGGGGCCUACUGCUUCUGCCUCGACGAGCGUGGAACCUACCCCUGAUCCUACCACCUCGAGCUCUACACUCGGCCCUACUACCAUUAUUACUACCGCUGCCAAUGUUGAGACGGGCUCCACGAGUACAAUUGCUGAGACCGCUACUACUACAGAUGCACCUACGGUAACCACCGAGACCACUUCCGAGUCACCUACCAUCACCACCGAGACAACCACUGAUACUUCGACCACUGCUGAGCCUGACACCACGUCCACCACAUCCACCACUGAGGAGCCCGCCCCUCCGUCGAGCACGACCGAAGUAUUGGUUGAAUCUUCGCGCACAAUCACCACGACCAGGGCUGUCGACAGCACUAGCUCUUCGACCUCCACGAGAACGACCACUAUUGACGGAAAGGCGCAGACCUUGGUCACCGUUGUUGUCGUUACGCCGACCCGUUCGCCGACCUCCGGGACUACAACUGCCGCUCCCACCGCGACUGCCGGACUGCAGACCGGCGGCGCCGCGGACCGUCACUCGGUCCUUACCAAUGCUGUAUACGGAAUCGGAGCUCUGAUCGCUGGUGCUUUCUUCCUAUAGAGGAGUAGUGCAACGGUUUGUUUUUCUCGAGGUAUCAAUUUGCGUUUUGGAAUAUUCGAAUUUUCGGCGUCCCAUAGAAUGCAAUACCCACGUUAUAUAGUCGCUGGGUGUUUGUUUUAGUCGGUUAGUUUAGUUUUUAUUUUUCCUCGGGAUUCUUUUUGCUCCCGGUUUUGUUUUUCUGUUUCCUUUUCUUUUCUUCACGCAUAGUGGAGGGGUAUUUUCCGGAGUUGCUUCAUUCAUUUGCAUAUUUUCGGAGCUUUGUUUAUUUUUUGCAUGAAGGGAUGGGAGGUGGCAUUCACGACGUUCAUUAGCAUAUGAGGAGGAGUCAGGGGGGGGGGAAACGAUGGAGACAAUAUGUCACACUGAAUGAAAAAGCGUUACAUUGAAUCGGAC